AUGGCGGAUUCCGCGCAAGUCACCAAGUCCGGAAUCGCGACUGAUGCGUCAACCGGAGAACGAUACAUUCCCUCCUCCGUCCGCGCAGAUGGUUCCAGACGCCGCGAAAUCCGAGUCCGACCGGGCUAUAAACCCCCGGAAGACGUCGAAUUGUACAGGAACAAGGCUGCACUGGCGUGGAAAAACCGUUCUCAGGGCGGGGUGCCAGGUACUGAGGGGCUGAAGAGCGACACCUCCGACUCUGCUGCGAAAAGCGGAAGCAAUACGAAUACUACAACCGCAGCGAGCAACAAGAAUGCGAAACGCAGAGAGGCGAAGAAGAAGGCUAAGGCAGAAGGCGAAUCUAGUGGUGAUGGUAGGAGGAACAUCGCUGAGCUUGAUAACUGGCGCUCUUUCGCUGCGAGCAAUGGCGGUGACAAGAAAAAGAUCGAGGAUGGUGCUCAGAAGACCGCUGAAAAGACCACUGAGAAGACCACUGAAGAAGCACCUGUCGACUCUGGAGCAGAGAACGAGAAGAAGGCACGGAAUCUGAAAAAGAAACUCAGACAGGCACGCGAUCUGCGGGACAAGAAGCAGCAAGGCGAAUCCUUGCUUCCGGAGCAGCUGGAUAAAAUCAUCAAGAUCAACGAAUUGGUGCAUCAACUGGGUUCACUUGGUUUCGACUCAAAUGGCGAUAAGAAGGGCGCGGAUGGAGAAGGAGAACAAGAGAAGGAGAGUGCUUAA